CCACUCGGCAGCUAUUUCCAGCCGCCCUGAGCAGCCCAGUGUGUUUGUAAACUCUGUGGCGCUCCUCUUCUACCUCUGCGCUCCGCAACACAACGCGGGGGUUACCGGAAAAACAAACAAACAAACAAACAAACAGGAAAAAAAACAAAAGGAGAUUUAGGCUAGGGGACAACUCCUUUUGGAAAGGCACUGCAGGUUUUCAUUCGUCUUUCUCUGGUUGAGGUGAUGGGUGGUUCUGGCACGUUCUGACUGCUUUCUCCUCUCUAAUGUGGCAGAUGCAGAGUGCAGCAGCGCUGCCUUUGUGAAGAGAACGAGGCAGGAGGAGGACACGCUGCAGUAGGAGGAGAGAGGAGAGACUAGGAGGCUAACAUUCAGUGCCGUCAACAACAGUCUACCUCCUGAGCACCGUCUACACAACCUCCUAGUGAUCUAUUUUCAGCUUCUCUAUCUCUCUCUCUCUCUCUCCUCCCUCUUUUCUAUCUCUCUCUCGCUCCUCCUUCUCACUCUCCUCUCGCCAUUCGCUGAUCUCUCCCGUGGCGUUCUCAGCUCUUCGCCGACGCAGUGACAGCCAGACUCUUGAGCUGUCUGUGUCCACGUCUACUCUGCUUGUGACACAGACGCAGACGACUGGUGCUUUUUGGACGAGAUUUUGGACUGUUUUUUUUGUGUUGCCUGCUAUUUGUUUUGCCCAGCUUGACAGUUUUUCACGCGUGGUGUUUUGAGAAGGCUACGUAACUCCAAGAGGGCGGUGUGUAUUUUAACUUUACUCCUCUCUGAGGGGUUCAGUGCUGUCUACUCGCUUCUGGCCACACUACUUGUUUUGUUUCUUCUGUAGCCUGUGCUGGGAAAAACUCUCCCUGUUCGCCUGGAGACACUGCAGUUUUGUUUGGGCCAUGGAACUUCAAGGAUCUCUCUCCUUCAUCAGUUGUUUCAUCUCUAGAAGAGGAGUUCUGGAGUUUUCUUUAAAGAUCUAAGAGGGACUUUGCUGUGUUGUUCACCUUUUCAUCUAGUCCAAGGUUUUCUCAUUGCCUGGAUAGUUUUCUUUGUUUCCCCAUACAUAUUGGAAGGACACCCUUGCACUGGCAUGCUUUUAAGGCCCACUGUGCCGGGGCUGUGCGCAAUGUUGCAGACGAUCUAUGAGACAGAGUCCUGCUUCUCCUCAGACGCCAUGUCCAGCAGGGAGCAACCUCUGGAGCUGCUGCCCCAGUCCCAAGUGUCUGCCAUGCCCAUUGCUGCUGUGGAGGUGAAGACAACUCUCCCCUCGGGGAUGCAGAGCCCAGUGGGCGGCAGUGAGCAGGGUGUUGGAGGUGGAGGUGGCGGCGGUCCUGUGGACCUGAGGACCGAUCCCAGGCUGGGACCCCUGGGCGGACGGGUGGACCCAGGCAUGAGGGAGCAGCAACUGCAGCAUGAACUGCUUCUCCUCAAGCAGCAGCAGGAGCUUCAGAAACAGCUUCUCUUCGCUGAGUUCCAGAAGCAGCAUGAGGUGCUGACACGCCAGCAUGAGGUUCAGCUGCAGGAGCACCUGAAGGUGUCCCUGCAGCAGCAGCAGGAGAUCCUGGCGGCCAAGCGGCAGCAGGAGCUGGAGCAGAAGAGGAAGCUGGAGCAACAGAGGCAUGAGGAGCUGGAGAAACAGAGGCUGGAGCAGCAGCUCCUCAUGCUACGCAACAAGGAGAAGGGCAAAGAGAGUGCCAUUGCCAGUACGGAGGUGAAGCUGAAGCUCCAGGAGUUCCUCCUGAGCAAAAAAGAGCCUGGCACACCUGGCGGACUGAACCAUUCCUUCCCCCAGAAAUGCUGGGGCGCCCAACACACCUCUCUGGACCAGAGCUCCCCCCCUCAGAGUAACACUCCGGGAACGCCGCCCUCCUACAAACUGCCCCCGCUACUGGGGUCCUACGAGGGCAGGGACGAUUUCCCUCUCCGCAAGACUGCCUCGGAGCCCAAUCUGAAGGUGCGUUCGCGGUUAAAACAGAAGGUGGCUGAGAGGCGGAGCAGUCCUCUGCUGAGGAGGAAGGAUGGGACAGUGAUAAGCACCUUCAAAAAGAGAGCCAUCGAGAUCUCUGUGUCCUCCAUGUGCAGCAGUGCCCCUGGCUCCGGGCCCAGCUCGCCCAACAGCUCCAACAGCACCAUCGCAGAGAACGGCUCCAGCGGCUCUGUCCCCAACAUCCACGCAGAGCAGCUGCGGUCCCUCCACCAGACCCUUAACGCCGAUGGGACAGUCAGUCCACUGAGCCUCUACACGUCCCCCUCACUGCCCAACAUCUCCCUGGGUCUGCCAGCCAACUCGCACCUCACCGCCAAUCAGAAGCUGUUGCAGGAGGCGGAGAGGCAGGCCAUCCAGACCAUGCGGCAGGGUGGGGCUCUGACUGGCAAGUUUGUCAGCACCUCGUCCCUGCCGGCAUCAUGCCUGCCACCUGGGAUGCAACACGACUUAGACUCCCCCCAGGCCCCCAACAGCCACAGCAGUCACUCCUCCCUACUGCAGCACGUCCUCCUGCUGGAGCAGGCCCGCCAGCAGAGUGCCCUCCUCUCAGUCCCCAUGUACGAUCAGUCGCCGUUGGUGACGGGGGAGCGGAUGUCCAACAGUAUGCGCACGGUGAACAAGCUGCCACGCCACCGGCCCCUGAGCCGUACCCAGUCUGCGCCCCUCCCCCAGAGCCCCCAGGCCCUGCAGCAGCUCGUCAUGCAGCAGCAGCACCAACACUUCCUGGAGAAGCAGAAGCAGUACCAGCUUAACAAGAUUCUGUCAAAAGGGGUGGAGCUUCCUCGCCAGCCGCCCACCCACCCCGAGGAGACUGAGGAGGAGCUCACAGAGACGCAGGAGAUGCAGGAGGAGGGGUCAGGGGCAGGGUCUGAGCGUCUGGGGGAGGUGCGUCCUCAGGAGCAGAGGCUCCAGAAGGAAGGGUCGGGGGAGACGUCGCCCCCCUCGGAACGCCUGCUGACCCCCCUGAAGGGCGAGAGCACAGAGAGCGACCUGGAGGAAGAGGAUGAUGAAGACGAGGCCAUCGAGCUGAGGGAGUGUGACGAGGAGGGCGUACCUUACGGCCAGCAUCACCUGCAGCAGCUCAAUGUGUUCCAGGCAUCCCUGUCCAUCUCGGGCAUGCCCCACAGACCUCUGGGAAGGGCCCAGUCCUCCCCUGCCACUGCCAGCCUCAAGGGGGCGCCCAUGGGUGAGGUCCCCAUCAAGCACCUCUUCACUACAGGGUUGGUGUACGACACCUUUAUGCUGAAGCACCAGUGUAUGUGUGGGAACACCCACAUCCACCCGGAGCACGCCGGCCGCAUCCAGAGUGUGUGGUCUCGGCUGCAGGAGACAGGGCUGCUGGGCCGCUCUGAGAGGAUUCGGGGGAGGAAGGCCACGUUGGAUGAGAUCCAGACGGUGCAUUCAGAAUACCACACCCUGCUGUACGGCACCAGUCCCCUCAACAGACAGAAACUAGACAGCAAGAAGCUCUUAGGUCCAAUCAGUCAGAAGAUGUACGCUGUGUUGCCCUGUGGAGGCAUUGGGGUGGACAGUGACACUGUGUGGAACGAGAUGCACUCCUCGGGCGCUGUCCGAAUGGCUGUUGGCUGCGUCAUCGAGCUGGCUUUCAAAGUGGCCGCCGGGGAACUUAAGAAUGGUUUUGCUGUGGUGCGUCCACCAGGCCAUCACGCUGAGGAAUCCACUGCCAUGGGCUUCUGCUUCUUCAACUCAGUGGCCAUCACAGCCAAGCUGCUAAAGCAGAAAUUAGGAGUGGGCAAGAUCCUCAUCGUGGACUGGGAUAUUCACCAUGGUAAUGGGACACAGCAGGCCUUUUACAACGACCCCAACGUCCUUUACAUUUCCAUGCAUCGCUACGACGAUGGAAACUUCUUCCCCGGCAGUGGGGCUCCUGAAGAGGUGGGGGUUGGACCUGGUGUUGGCUUCAACACAAACAUUGCGUGGACAGGGGGCGUAGAACCGCCCAUGGGUGACGUGGAGUACCUGACUGCCUUCAGGACGGUGGUGAUGCCCAUAGCCAACGAGUUCUCCCCUGACGUGGUCCUAGUGUCGGCUGGGUUUGAUGCCGUGGAGGGCCACCAGUCCCCUCUGGGAGGAUACAACGUCACUGCUAAAUGUUUCGGCCACCUCACCAAGCAGCUGAUGAAGCUGGCGGGGGGACGUGUGGUCCUGGUGCUGGAAGGAGGUCACGACCUCACAGCCAUCUGUGACGCCUCAGAGUCCUGCGUGGCGGCCCUGCUCGGCGACGAGUUGGACCCCCUGCCCCAGGCUGUCCUGCAACAGAAGCCCUGCCCAAAAGCUGCUGCCUCUCUGGAGAGGGUCAUCGAGAUACAGAGUAAACACUGGAGCUCUCUCCAAAGGUUGGCUCCCACGGUGGGCCAGUCCUUAAUGGAUGCCCAGCGGAGAGAGAAGGACGAGGCCGACACGGUCACCGCCAUGGCAUCGCUCACCGUGGAUACUGAGCAGGCUGCCGCUUCCACCGUCUCCACGGAGACUAGCAGGUCUACAGAAGAGCCAAUGGAAGAGGAGCCUGUCUUGUAGGAGGAAACAGAGAGUUGUCACGACAGCGCAACACCUUUGUCUCCACGUCCUUUGGCACUAGCCUUCUCCUGUCACCCCCUCCUCUCCUCUUUCCAGCCCUCUCCCUCGCCUCACCUCCUUCCGUCCGUUUUCUGAGGAUUGAUGGACUUGUGCUAGCCUCCCUUUCCACCUCACUGAGGUGAGUGUGUUAAAGUGUGUGUGGGAGAGGGGAGGCGGAACACACACACUGACCUAAAGGGGGCAGCGGCGGAUAUUCGUGAUUGGUGGAAAAGCAGGAAGAGGCUGGACCUUUUGAGGAGCCUGUGUCUUUUGCUUUUUUCUUUCAAUCUUUUUUGUAUUCGUGGAAAAAGCAAAAGGCCGUGGAUCCAGGAGGGUGCCUCGGCUAUGGGGCCCGAGAAGCUUUGUACAUUUCUUGUCAUACUUUAUACUUUUCAGGAACAUUAGAACUGAAAAAGCCAACAAGCAGCAAAAGUAUUUCAACAGCCACAAAUACACUCAAACACACCCGCAUUAUACUAUACACACUAAGUUCCCAACAGAGGAACAACAAUGGGGUUGUAUCAAUGAAUAAUGCUCUUCCUUUUAGAGCAUGCGUACGUCUGUUCCUAUUUCGUGUCUGUCAUUUGGUAUUCUCGUGCGUCUGUUCAAUAAUCUGUUUCAAGAAGCACACAAACAUAAAUUAUAUGUAUAUUUGCAUAAAUAAAUAAAUACUGUAUAUUCCUUUCACUGUAUCCGAUAUCAGCUGUGGUUGUGGAGUGGAGGUCGAGCUGUGGAGCCUGCCAAGGGGGACUUACUGGCUGAAGGAGACAACAUAUCUCUCCAAUUCAGCACUUUCUUUUUUCCUUCAGGAAGCCUCAGCUCCCUCCACUUUGUAUGGGACAGAAGGCAUUUUGAGGUGGUUUUUACCCUUCUACUUUGUUUGGACUAUCAAAAAAAGACACAAAUACACACCCACACUCAAACUUACCGCCUGGUGCAAUGAAAGCCCACGGAUUGGACGAGCAAGGAUUCUGUGGAAUGAUGCUUGGAUUAUAAACUUGUUGUCUCACGCAUGCUGCUGGGACUGGGAGACUUGUGGUGGUCAUGAGACUGGAGAAAUACGUUUUUAGAAGAAGAACUUGGUGCCUUUUAUAUAAAAUAUCCCUGAUAACACCAACUACACCACCACUUAGCGGAACACAGGACAGAAAGACAAAUCCACACACUUGUUACUCUCAUGUCUGUUUUGUUUUUAUUUUUGUUUGCUUGUUUCUUUCUUUCAAAAUGCCUUAAUUUCCUCCAGAGAAUGCACCAUUUUAGCCAUCUCCACAGAGAUAGGAUUCUACUCCUAUGUCCUCUCUUUUUUCCUCUUUCUUUCUGGGUUUGUGUAAUACUCUAGGUCAAAGGUCAGUGUGGCCUUAACGACUGAGUUUUUUUGCGUCCUUUAUCAAUCCCGGGCCGUACAUACGCGGCUGACGGUAUGAUUGUGAGGAAAUCUGAACGCUACAACGACCAACUUUUUUUUGCUAUGUCACUUGUAAAUACUGUAUCCUGUUCUGUUCUGGCUAACCCCUCAACCUGAGACGGUUCAAUAACCAACUCUUUGUUUUUCCAUUUGUUUAGAGAGGAAGGACUGAACUUGGUCACUUUUUUAAACAAACAUUUUAUUUUGUAAAAAAAUAAGAUAUAUACGAAUAAUGAUAAUAACAGUGUUAAUCCAAUCAAAUUGGAUAUGAAUAUUAUAUUUGAGAAGAGUAAAAAAAAGACUUAAUGUUAAAGCCACCUAAGCACAUUGGGUUUCUGUUUUCCAAUCAAUGUUUUGUUGUUUUUUCUAAGUGCCAUUUGUUUAUUCACACACAAAAAAAAGAGACAAAACAGAAAUGGUGAUUUGGGAUAUGGGAGUGGAUCUCAUUUGGCAAAUAAUGAUGAGCAAGCACCACUUUAGAUGUUUACACUGCAAUACCCCGAUCCCUCGAAACUGUUGCCCACUUGUCAGCUGUCAUAAACCCUUUAUUUGACUUAGUGUCCAGGUGCUGUUUUAUCUGGCCUCCGUUGUUGCCAUCAAUAUUUAUAUUUCUCAAUCAAUGAAAAGUGCUUGCACUUGAUGCAUAUGAUAAAACAAAUUAAAUACUAAGAGGUCUUUGGAAAAUAUAUAUUUUUCAGUGGGAAUUAGCACAAUCUAUUAUAAUCAUGCUUAAGGAAUUCAUACAAAUCAAGUAGCCUAUAUCUACUACAGUAUGGAAACUGACACCUUCCUUAAAGACAUGCUCCAGAACUUUGGCGACUACUAAGUAUUUUUUAAACCUCCCGCUUUGGGCUGGAUGUGUCAAUGUGUAGUUCAUACAUGCAUAAUCUAGGAGCAGAAUUUACUGUCUUACCUCAAUUAGCUACGAAAUCCCUAGUUUAAAAGCAACUGUUUUUCUGGAUGCUGUGCUGCACCAUUUUCCCUACAUUUUCCCCCAACUGGGCCAGCCCCCUAGCAAUUUGAGUUCAACCAAUGAGCUUCUGCCCCUCGCCAUAUGAGUCACAGCUAGCAAGAUACACAUGAUGCACCUACAGCAGAGAAAGAGAGAGAUCAAUGACGUGGUGCACAUAUCUGCACAUAUGUGAGCACUACUUUCAGAACUACUGGCGAAAAAGUAUACAGAAGUACCGGAGAAUCUCUUUAACCAGCAUACACUCAGAAGAGAAUGUGUGGUGCAGAGUGCUUGUCUACAUUGAUCAUUUUGUUUUAUUUCAAGCAAUGCACCAUAACACUGACCAAGUCUUCUGCAUUUCAUUUGUCUUCUUUAUUAAGGUAAAAAACAAUCAUUAAGGAAUAGGUUAUUUCUAUAGAGUUCUUCCCUCUAAUCAUAUCUUUAAUUCUGUAUCUGUCCAUUCACCAUCGUAUGGCACUUUUGGCCCUUUGUCACACAACUGUAUAUUGUACUUAUCUACAUACUGUAAUAACUAUACAGUGAUGAUGUUUUCAUGAACGUUAAAGGGGUGUCAACGCCUAACUCCCUCACUAGUUAACCUUCUUCAUAUGAAACACAAAGGGCUAGCCUAGUUCAAUCCAAAAUUAAAUGUUUUAUUAGUGGUUUUCAGCCCUGUCAUUUGAAGUCGAUAUGACUCCAUGUCCAUCUCAAGUAGAUCAAGCUUUAUGCUCCAAUCCCAAAUGAAUGGGAAAGAUUGACACAGUCUGAUUUCACAAUUUUAGACAGUACCAAUCUUUCCCAUUUAUUUGGGAUUCAAGCAUACAGUGCAUUCGGAAAGUAUUCAGACCUUCACUUUUUCCACAUUUUGUUACGUUACAGCCUUAUUCUAAA